UGAGGAGCCGCGCAUUGCUGAGCCUGCCACCCGCCGUGGAGCCAUGGAGAUCGGCGCCGAGAUUAGCCACAAGAUCCGGCGUGCCAUUAAGGGGAAAUUGCAAGAAUUAGGAGUUUAUGAGCUUCACGGUGUAUUAGAUAAACUUCGUUCUGUUACAACUGAUCCCUCCAGUCUCAAGUCUUCUGAUACCAACAUCUUUGAUAAUAACAUGUCUUCAAACAAGAGCAGUUUCGGUCGGGGAGCCAAGAGAAGGCCUGAAGCUGCAGUGCCACCCCUCGCAGUUGCUAGCACAAGACCUGAGAAAAGAGAUUCCAGGGUUUCUACUAGUUCACAGGAGCAGAAAACCACUAAUGUUAGACAGACUUAUGAUGAUAGAGCUGCAACCGGAUUAAUGUCAACUGUGAAGCCUCUGAGGGAGCCAGCACCCUCUGAAGAUGUGAUUGAUAUUAAGCCAGAACCAGAUGAUCUCAUUGAUGAAGACCUCAAUUUUGUGCAGGAGAAUCCCUUGUCUCAGAAAAAACCGACAGUGACACUUAUGUAUGGUUCUUCUCGCCCUUCUAUUGAAAUUUAUCGACCACCUGCAAGUCGAAAUGCAAAUAGUGCUCAUUUAAACAGGUUGCAAUUUCAGCAGCAACAAAACAAUAUUCAUGCUGCCAAGCAACCUGAUAUACAGAACAGCCGGGUAUAUGAAACAGGACAUUUGUGUGAACAGGAAGUGCUUAACAGCUUAGAAGGGACUUCUAGUCCCUUCUUCAGAAACAACUGAGAAAAAAUGAGUACUGAGGAAGAAAACUUUCGGAAGAGAAAGUUGCCUGUGGUAAGUUCCGUUGUUAAAGUAAAAAAAUUCAAUCAUGAUGGAGAAGAGGAGGAGGAAGAUGAUGAUUGUGGGUCUCAUACAGGAAGCAUCGCCAACAGUGUGUCAGUGCCAGCAAAGCCUGAAAGGAGACCUUCACUUCCACCUUCUAAACAAGCUAACAAGAAUCUAAUUUUGAAGGCUAUAUCUGAAGCUCAAGAAUCUGUAACAAAAACAACGAACUAUUCUACAGUCUCACAGAAACAGACACUUCCAGUUGCUCCCAGAACUCGAACUUCUCAAGAAGAAUUGCUGGCAGAAAUGGUCCAGGGGCAAAGCAGGACCCCCAGGAUAAGUCCUCCCAUUAAAGAAGAGGAAACAAAAGGAGAUAAUAUAGAAAAAAGUCAAGGAGCUCCACAGAGGCAGUUGUUAUCCCGACUACAAAUCGACCCAGUAAUGGCAGAAACUCUGCAGAUCAGUCGAGAUUACUAUGACAUGGAAUCCAUGGUCCAUGCGGACACAAGAUCAUUUAUUCUGAAGAAGCCAAAGCUGUCUGAGGAAAUAGUAGUGGCACCAAACCAGGAGUCGGGGAUGAAGACUGCAGAUACCCUUCGGGUACUUUCAGGACACCUUAUGCAGACACGAGAUCUUGUACAACCAGAUAAACCUGCAAGUCCCAAGCUUAUAGUGACGCUGGAUGGUGUCCCCAGCCCCCCAGGAUACAUGUCAGAUCAAGAAGAGGACAUGUGCUUUGAAGGAAUGAAACGUGUAAACCAAACUGCAGCCGCGAGCAAGGGACUCAGAGGUCUCCUCCACCCACAGCAGUUGCAGUUGAUGAGCAGGCAGCUUGAUGACCCAAAUGGUAGCUUUGCAAAUGCUGAGAUGAGUGAACUGAGUGUGGCCCAGAAACCAGAAAAACUUCUGGAGCGUUGCAAGUACUGGCCUGCCUGUAAAAAUGCAGGAUGAGUGAAUCAUCCUGUUUCACCUUGCAAAGCCUUCCCCAAUUGCAAAUUUGCUGAGAAGUGUUUGUAUCCAGAUUGUAAAUAUGAUACAAAAUGUACUAAACCAGAUUGUCCCUUCACUCAUAUGAGUAGAAGAAUUCCAGUACUGCCUCUAAAACCAGUUACAACACCAGCACCAUCUUCUAGUAGUCAGCUGUGCCAUUAUUUCCCUGCUUGUAAGAAAAUGGAAUGUCCCUUCUAUCAUCCAAAACACUGCAGAUUUAACACUCAGUGUCCCAGACCUGACUGCACAUUUUAUCAUCCCACCAUCACUGUACCGCCACGACAUGCCUUGAAAUGGAUUCGACCUCAAACCAGUGAAUGACACUCAGUGCUACUUGGGAGAAGAUUGUGGAGUUUGAAAGUUUCCAUCUACUGAUGAAAGAUACUCUGCAGAACUUGUCAAACCUUUGAAACUUGGAAUAUAUAUUGCUUUCAUAAUAUGAAGUUUAUUGCCUA